AUGGCUGAUGAAAUGUCAGAGGAACCAAAGUUUACUUUGAGGCUUAUUGUUGAUGAAGAGAAGAACAAGGUCGUUUUGGCCGAGGCCUGUAGGGAUUUCAUUGAUGUUCUCUUCAGCCUAAUGACACUGCCAAUGGGCACCAUUGCCGGAUUGCUUAAGAAGCAUAAAAAAUCCGAGAUUGGAUGUUUGAGCAACCUCUAUCAAAGCGUUGCGGACAUGAGCAUUGACAACUUCAUGACUGGAGCUUGUAAGCAGAUGUUGCUUAAUCCAAGGAGCGUGAAGGAGGCCUACUGCAAAAGGCUUAAGCUCAACCUAAACCCAACUGAUGACCACCUCAAGUACUUUAAGUGCCCUUCUUUCUCAAGCUGCAACAUGUGCAGUGAUUUUAGUGGCUCUGAUUGUGCUUGCGGAAGGUUGAUGAUCGACGAAAUCGAGUUGACUGAAGAAGAAGAUGAGAUACAGAAUGAUGUUGAUGGAGUAUUUGUAAGUGGCAGGUCUUCCUUCAUCAUCACCGAUGAUUUGAAAGUGUCUGUUGAUUCUACUGGUCUUGUCUUGAAAACUCUCAACAGUCUAGGAUGUUCUGAUGUUAGUAACCUUGGGGAACAGCUUCUUGAUAUUGGUCUCAACGAGAUGAUGCAUCUUCUUGAGUGUGUAUUCUCCUCAAAUACUCCGUUGACAGACGCUCUCUUGAAGAAGCAAAGUACACAAGACAUGACAAACAUGCACAAGCUGUCGACUAAAACAGAGGUAUCAGAAUCAGAAUUUACUAUCGAUGCCAUAGUGAGGAAACAGGACAUGAAGAUUCUAUAUGUCGAGUGUGGAGAAGACUUUGUUGAUCUUCUUUUCAGUUUUCUCGCUGUCCCUCUUGAGUAUGUAUGCGAUACGAGUUUGGGAUGCAUUGGAAACUUACGUAGAAGCUUCAAGGAUUUGACUGUUGUUGAUAAAGAAGGGAAAGAAGGGUCAGCUUCCAAAUGUGUGAUGCUACCUCAUUACUACAAAUUGCAGAAGCAGCUGUCUGGUAUAACCUCUGAAGAAGCACCAGUUUACUACCGCUACAGGAAUUCCAAUCCACGCCAGCCUGACUACAGCUUGACUAAAGAUUGUGAUCGGACUCCGCUGUAUCGGAAGGACAGAAUAGUUCCGGUGACUGUGAUUGAUCCAAAGUCUCAUGGCAGAGAACAGUCAGAGAAUGGAAGUGGGUUUGUGAAGAGAGGAACAAGGUUUACAGUUUCAGAUGAUCUGAUAAUCACAACUAGGGGUUGCUUGAGCACGUCCAUCUGCUUUCUGAAGAAGUAUGAGAUAAAGGCAGAUGAUGUGGAUGUUCAAGUUAUUAGAAUCCGUGAAGCAGAGGUAAUGAAUGUGUUGAGAGCUUCUUUGGGGACAACCUCUGCUUUGAACACUGCACUAUGGAACUUGAUUGCUAAGAAGCCAAAGAUGGAGACUUGAAGGAAUCAACAAUGUUUUG